UGGGAUAGCGCAGCAGAGAUGGAUCGCACAUGACGCCUGGCCCGCAGCGCUGCGUGUGAGGGGGUGGAGGACUCGGUGUCCCGGUACGUCCCGGUCCGACCCGCUGAGUCUUAGUGGAGCGCCGCAGCCUGAGAAGGAGCUGAAGCGUGAGUUACUGCGGCAACAGUUCUGAUGUCUCCUGGAGCCGUUCUCACACGCUGACUCCGGGGAACGUGGAACCCGCCUGCAGGAAGCCUUAAAGAGAAACUUUAUCCAGAAGCUGGAUGCAAACAUGUGAGGAUGAGGAAGAACUCCAGGAUCUUCCUCUGAAAUGAAAGUUUAGAGGAUUAAAAGCAUCAAAGUUGUAGAAAGUUCUACCGACCAGAUUUCCUUGGUUCCAAACCUGGAGAUGAGCGUUUUAAAGCCGCCAGAGAACUUCUCUGUGAGGAAGACGAGCAGCUGCGGGAUGAAGCUCCCUCUUCAUCGUUCAGGAGACCACAACGGGAACGCGUUCCCCGUCUCCUCCUCUUCCUCCUCCGCCUCCUCCUGCCUGGGGGAGUCGUCCCCGGAGUCGCUGCGCAGCCUGAGCAGCCUGAGUGGGGGGGGGACGGACUCCCCGCUGGAGGACGACGUCCUGGAGGUCAGGCUGGUGACCGCCGUGGUGCCGGGGACGGACAGCGGGGACGUGGUGCUGUCCACAUGGCCCCCGCAGGAGGAGGAGGAGGAGGAGGAGGAUUCUUCGGCAGGAAGGUUCCCAGCGGACGUGUCGGUCUCGGUUUACCUGGACGCCAUCAGCGGCGAUCACCACCAGGACACCUGGAGCGACAGCCUGUCCCUGAAUGCCGACCACGGACGCCGUUACCAGGAUGUGACCAGCGUGGACUCAGACACCACCGAGAUCCCUGAUGAUGAAGAUGAUGAUGAGGAGGAAGAGGCUGUGUUUGUGUCUGUGAGCUCAGACGUGUGUGUGACGCUCGCCCAGGUGAGUCCAGGUGAGUCUGGUCCAGGCGGCGGCCUCCUGAAGGACGGGACGGCGUCCUCCACCGGCCCAGAAGACGCUCCGGCGGCUCAAACGUCCCGCCUGGAAGCAAAGAACGUUCACAGAACCGCAGCCAGAACCGGACCACAGAACGCGUCUCCGUCUAAAACGGCGCCGCAGCAGAAGAAGCCGGCGGCGCCGAGGCGAGCCGCUGACGGCGGGAGGAGGACUCCAGCAGGUCCGGUUAAGGUGGCCGUGGUUCUGAGACCCAGCGGAGGACGGCGGGCCGGCGCCAAAGCCCACCACAAGGUGGCGCCGCCCUCCACCUGGGCUCAGCCAGCGCUUACCUGCCCUGUGGGCCCCCAGGUGGUCAGAGACCCGGAGGCUCCUGGGACGGAGGUCCAGGUUCUGCUGGAUGCUGCGGACAGAAGAGGUCCGUCAGCGCCGAGGGAGAAGGAGCUGAUGAGCCCAGAACCUGUGGCAGAACCUGCUGAGGAGAAGCGAGGAGCUGCCAGCAAGAGACUCUCCUCCAGGCCGGGACCCGGGGCCCGGCAGGAGGCCCGGCAGGAGGCCCGGCAGGAGGCCCGGCAGGAGGCCCGGCCCGCCAGGACCGAGAGGAGACCGGCGCCGCCUACAGGCUCUGAGCCGCGACCUCCAGCCGGCCAGAACCAGAACCAGGACCAGGGUAUUCCCAAACCUCGAGCAUCGGCAAUCGCCCACAGUCCCACUGCGUCCGUUCCCAAACCGACGUCCAAUCAGCAGCCUGCAUCAGGGUCAGCAGGGCGACAACCCACACCCCCCGCCUCCAAGCUUCCUGUUAAAGGCGUAGCAGCCAGCCUGAGCUGCUCAUCGCUGGGGAGCAACGAGAACAAUGCAGCCAACGGCAAAGCCUCUCCUGGAGCUCCGUCUCCCACCGGGUCCAGGCCCGACGAGUCGACCCGCAGAGGAGCUCCACCUUCAGGCAGCCAGAGCCCCACAGAGCCGCCCGCCUCCGGCAUCUCCGGCCCCGCCCACUGCAGCAGCGCCGCGGCUGCUGGCGGGAGGAGCAGGGCGCCGGUUCUGCAGGCCAGGACGUCUACUCCAGGUCUGAAGGUCCGAGUCGGCACCAACCAGAACCAGAACGGCACCAGGGCGCCUGCUGGCCAACCGUUGGCCAGGCCGACUCCCACCAGGCUGCAGAGGAGCGGCUCGGCCCGGCCCGGUCGACUGAACGGCUCAGUGGACAAAAACAAGAGACCCGCCGGUACCGGCUCCCAGCAGAACCAGCAGAACCAGCAGAACCAGCCGCUGCCUGCUCCAGAACCGGUACCAGAUGUUCUGAACGCCAACUCCCCAGCAGAACCAGCGCUCCCGGUCCAAUCCCCCGAUGGCUCCAGCCCUACGUCCGGAUACACUGGACCCACUGGUCCAGGACACAAAGCCAGAACCGGGUCACGGACCAGCCCUAAACACGGGCCCAGGCUUCAGCAUCCGACCCGACCCGGACCGGCGGCGCCAGCCGGCACGGUUAAACAGAACCAGAACAAAGAGCAGGCGGAGAAGCGGAACCAGGCCGUGGUCCAGCUGAGGCGGCUGCUGGUCCAGGGGAACCGGAAGGUGGAGGCUCUGGCUGCCGUCAUCCAGCAUCUCUUCUCUGAGAGAGAAGAGACGGUGAAGCAGAGGAAGGAGCUGUCGGCGGAGCUGGCCAGGCUCAGAGAGGAGCUGGCCGCCUCGUCACAAUGCUGCCAGAGUCUGCAGGCGGAGAAGGAGGAGGCGAGGGCCAACCUGGAGGAGGCCUUGAAGCGGACGGAGGAGCAGCACCAGGAGGAGCUGGUGGAGCUGGAGAACAGGCUGAAGAGCUUCUACCAGGAGGAGUGGGACAAGGUCCACCUGCUCUACCAGGAGGAGGCCGACAGGUGCCGCCUGCUGAUGGAGCAGCAGGUGGAGGAGCUGAGGAGGCAGCAGGAGGCGGAGAGGAGGCGGCAGGAGGAGGCUCACAGCCAGACGAUGGAGGCGGUCAGGCAGGAGUACGAGGCGUCCGUUAGAGAGCUGAAGAGGAACCAGCAGACGGACCUGGAGGUUCUGCAGAGAACCCUGAGCGAGACCCAGACGUCUCUGACGGAGAAGAUUUCGGCGCUGUCGGCAGAAAACCAGGACCUGAGUGAGAAGCUGCGAGCAGAAGAGGAGAGGAGGCAGCGGAUCCUGAGCGACCGGACCGCGAAGGACUCCCACACGCUGUACCUGGAGCAGGAGCUGGAGAGCCUGAAGGUGGUGCUGGAGAUCAAGAACAACCAGCUGCACCAGAAGGACAAGAAGCUGAUGGAGAUGGACAAGCUGGUGGAGACCAACGUGAGGCUGGAGGAGGUUCUGAAGAAGGUGCAGCAGGAGAACGAGGACUACAAGGCCAGGAUGGACAAACACGCGGCUCUGUCCAGGCAGCUGUCCACGGAGCAGGCGCUCCUGCAGCAGACGCUGCAGAAGGAGUCAAAGGUCAACAAGCGUCUGUCCAUGGAGAACGAGGAGCUGCUGUGGAAGCUGCACAACGGCGACCUGCUGGGCAGCCCCCGCCGCCCCUCCCCCACCUCCCCCUACAGCUCGCCCCGUAACUCCGCCUCCUUCCCCCCCACAGCGCCGCCGCUGUCUCCCAGAUAA